AUUUAAUCAUCUCGAUGCUUAUUUUUUUAAAAGAAAGAAAUAUUGGCUCUCUCCCUUAAUCAUUCUCUCUCUUAUUUCUACCAAACAGACACAACAAUAAACUGUCUCUCUCUCAUGGAAUCAACGAAGAAGCAAUUAUCGUUGGAGGUGCUUCCAUGGUUAGUUGUUCACAGCGACGGAACGUUAGAGAGACUAGCCGGAACCGAGGUUUGUCCACCCGGUUUAGAUCCAGAAACCGGCGUACUAUCGAAAGAUAUCAUCAUCGAUCCCAAAACCGAUUUAUCAGCCCGAAUCUACAGGCCUGACUCGAUUCAACCCGGUCAGAAACUUCCAGUCGUGCUCUAUUUCCAUGGCGGUGCAUUUCUCAUCGCCUCCGCCUCCCUACCCAAUUACCACACCAGCAUUAACAAACUAGUCGCUCAAGCCAACAUCAUCGCUGUCUCUGUCAAUUACAGACUAGCACCAGAACAUCCACUUCCUACAGCGUACGAAGACUCAUGGAACGCACUCCAAGGGGUUCAAGCCGGAAACGAGCCAUGGAUCAACGACUAUGCUGAUUUCAACCAGUUCUUCCUAGCCGGAGACAGCGCUGGAGCUAACAUCUCGCACCACCUCGCGUUCCGAGCCAAACAAUCAGACCACACUGUUAAAAUCAAAGGCAUCGGAAUGAUCCACCCAUAUUUCUGGGGAACACAACCGGUAGGCUCGGAGGUCACAGACGAAGCGAGGAAACAAAUGGUGGACGGAUGGUGGCGAUUCGUGUGCCCGUCCGAUAAAGGAUCCGAUGACCCAUGGAUCAAUCCGUUUGCGGAUGGGUCGCCGAAUCUUGAAGGGGUAGAGGGUGAGAGAGUGAUAAUUACGGUGGCGGAGAGAGAUAUAUUGAGAGGAAGAGGAAAAAUGUAUUACGAGAAAUUGGUGAAUAGCAAUUGGAGAGGCAAUGUCGAGAUUAUGGAGACAAAAGGGAAAGAUCAUGUGUUUCAUAUAUUCGAGCCUAACUGUGAUGAAUCUAAGGAGAUGGUACGUCGCUUGGCUUUAUUUAUAAACCAAGUCGAAGCUUGAAAUCUGUUUUGCGCAAUUUUUCUCUGUUAUUUAAUGGCUUUUGACAUGUUUGUAACAAUUCAUAAACUUUUUUUAAUAAUGUUGCUGUGUUCUA